CCAAAGCGGAAUGCCAACAAUAAUAAAGCAGCGGCAACAACAAAAAACAGUAAACGCAACACAGUAUUUUUUCGGCAACAAACUAAUAAAUAAAAACUAUUAAAGAAACUAAUACAAAUAGUGUUAAAUCAAUAUAAUACGUUAUCACAUAUAAUACGAUACAAAGAAACGACGUAAAUUCCGCGGCACGUGUGUGGGCGGGGGAGGUGAGGCGCGCUGCUUUGGAUGCUACGCAAUAAUUCAACGCUACGCAAUUUCAGCUGCUGCUGACGCUGCGGUCGCUGGCGCUGCCGCUACGCACCUGCUAAACCAGAAGCGCUGCUGCGGCCAGCACCGUCGUGACCGUCGCUGCUGACGUGUGCAAACGAGAGCGAAACGACGACAGGAUAUUUAACAACAACAACAAGAAAAACAGUAACAACUACUGCUCACACUACAACAACAAGAGCAACAAACUGCACGACAAAAUUAACGAAGUGUCAGUACAAUUGAACGACACAACGUAUGCAUACACACACUCACACACACACAAACACACACGAACGCACAGUCGCCCUAGAACAGUCAGAAGCGAACGAAGAACACAAAUUGCAGCGACAAAAAACAAAAUGCAGCGAAUUGCAUAAAAAAUCCUGCUUAAGAAUAAGUGCAGUCACAGACACGCUCUCGGUCACACGCACACACGCACAUAGAAGCGCGACAAAGCAAAAGCAGAGAAAAAGAAAACACUAAAAAAAGGGCAAACAGUGCGCGCACAAACAAGGUGGAAAGUAAAAAAGUUGUUUGUCAACUUGUGGCGUCCAUUGCACACACAAACAUUCCCUCUGCAACACCCAGCAGCAGCAGCAGCAGCAGCAGCAGCGGCAGCAGCAGCUCCCCUCAAAUGUUGCAGCAACAAAGUGUCUGGCUGUACUGCUACUGCUACCAAGUGGAAAUGCAAGUCCAGUGUGCAUGCAACAGCGCCUGCGGCCAGUGCUAAGCAAUAGCAGCGUAAGAAGCAGCAGCAGGAGCAGCAGCAGCAGCAUUAGAAGAGUGCAGCAAUAGAAGAGUGCAGCAGCAGCAGCAAUCCCUUGCAGCCAUGUCAACGGUCACUCGCAGUGCCAGCGCCAGCCCCUGCAUGGCCCUCAAUGGCAUCAUCGACGCCAGCCUCUUCCCCCUCAAGUCCACCUCGGAUGUGGUCAAUCUCUUUAGACGUGCCCUCACCAGCGCCAUUGAGCCCGAUCUGACACUACUCUCCAUCGUCGUUGGCUACAUUGAGCUGUCGCUGACCACCGGCGAGGCGGCCCAAGCGGCGCAGGCAGCCCAAGCUGCUCUAGGUGGCAGCAAUGAGGUAAUCAUGGGCAACAGCGUGCCCUUUCCUGUGGUGACCCACGAGCUGAUUGCCGGAUUGUACAAGAAGUUCCAGACGAUAUUGUCGGUGGUGGACAAACCGAAGCCACAUCGCCAGGCGACGCGGGAGAUCAUCAAGAAGGUGUCGGACGUGAUUUGGAACUCGCUGAUACGCAGCAGCUACAAGGAUCGAGCCCAUCUGCAGAAUCUGUAUAGCUAUCUGUCCGGAAACAAGCUGGAUUGCUUUGGCGUGGCGCUGGCCACGACCGCCGGCUGCCAGCUACUGGGCUAUCGCGAUGUGCGCCUGGCCAUAUCCGAGGAUCAUGCGUGGGUCGUAUUCGGGCAGAAGCACGUGGAGAGCAUCGAGGUGACCUGGCAUGGCAAGGGCAGCGAGGAUAAGCGUGGCCAGGACAUUAGCGCCGGCAUUGAGUCCGGCUCGUGGUUGUACCUGGGCGGCCUGGCCGUCAUCUGUGAGCGCGGCAUGGAGGUGGCUGCCAUCUGUGUAGCCUUAAAUAUAUCGCUCAGUGCGAACAGCGAUUGCGUUGAAGUGGCGGAGCUGCAGCAGCAGCUACUGUGGCUACUCUACGAUCUGGGCCACCUGAAGCGGUACCCCAUGGCGCUGGGUCUGCUUGGCGAGCUGGAGGAGAUCAAUCGGACGCAUCGCAGCAUCACCUGCGAGCAGCUAUUCCGCGAAGCAAUCGAAUCCUCGCGCAACUACUAUCACAAUCAUCACGUCUAUCCGCACAUCUUUCAGGGCAACUAUUACAAUCGUUUGCUCAAAUAUCGCGAAGCCUUCGCCGCCUGGGCGAAUGCAGCCGACGUCAUACGCCUGUAUACGUACCAGUGUCGCGACGAUGAGGAGAUCUACAAGGAGCUGCUGGAUAUUGCCAAUGAGCUUAUACCCUAUGUGAUGAAGACGGAGAGUUCGGGCCAUUCGGCUCGCAGCAUUUUGCGUGAUGCGGAGGUGUUUGCCAAUUUGUUGCGCUUCUACGAUGGCAUCUGCCAGUGGGAGGAGGACAGCCUAACGCCCAUUCUGCACAUUGGCUGGGCCAAGCCGCUGGUCACGAACAUAACCAAGUUCGACUAUGACAUACGCUCCCAGGUGGUCAUCAAGCUGCCCGAGGAUGUGGAGGCCGAACAGGCAGCAGCAUUGGAGGCUAAGAAGAAGGCAACAGCUGCAGCUACAGCCGCAGCAACAGCAGCAGCUCUCGAGGCGUCGCUUCAUGCGGAGGGUAACAACAACAAUAACAACACGGUUGUUAAGAAGGAUGAGAAAUCCAAAUCGGAGUUGCCAACCACCUUGGCGGAUCUCACAGCUGCUUGUGGCGAAAAGAUAUUGAAUCCCGAUUUUCUGCUGCAGGGCGGCGGUCAGCCGUUCGCUGAUCAAAAGCAACAGGCGGUAGCCGAGCAAACAACGUCCAGCGAAUUGUCGCACAAUAACAACAACCACAUCAAUAACAACACCAGCAGCAGCAAUAAUGCUGAAAAGGAGGCUACAACCAUAAGCAACAACGGCAACAAUGAGGCUAACAGCAACAGCAACAGCAACAACAACGAGCAACAACAACAGCAGCAGCAGCAGCAGCAGCAGCACAAAGAAGCUAAAGUGGAGGAGAUCAGCCAACUGGAGCUGGCGAACAGCAAACAGCCAGCAGUUGUUGAUGAUUACGAUCCAUUCGAGAUAAUGCUUAAACGUCCAGUGAUCACGUUGUAUAGUCAGAAAAUGAAAGGGCUGAAGGAUCUGCUGCUGGCCGAGAAGCUGAACACGCAUGCCAUUUCGCUGCAGGUUACCGCCCAGUCGGUGGCAUCGCGCAAGGUGCGUGGCAGUGGCACAGAUAGUCGGCAGCCGGCGACCAUAUCGGCGACUAUAACAGCUAUAGCCUCGACAGAGGGCGCGAGUAUUGGAGGCAGUGCAACGAGUGCCGCAUCAACCGAUUCGUUUACGCCCACGCGACCGAAGCGAACAAGGCGCGAGUAA